UUGAAGAGCGGUGGUCAACAACAGGAAAGUUUAUCUGAAUUUGGACAAGUGAAGGACGGAGGAUGAAGAAAUUAUUCGUUCUUAUUUCAUUGGCUCUAAAAGUGGUCAGCGGACUGAAUAUGUGCAUCGGGCCACAUGACCCGCCGGAAAUUGCAAAGGUCAUUACGACACCCGUUUACGACUACAAGAACCGUAUGAUCGAGGCUAAUGUCACCAUCGAAGUUAUAUCAAGUGUGCCGGUCUACAUACAAUGGUUAGGUGGCACGGGAAUGACCAAAACACGUUUGCCAUGGGCAUCGGAAGACAAUGAGAAUUUUCGAUCGUCCAUGGAAUCAUCUGGAAAUCGGCACUUUUUACGGCUGCACGCAAAGCAACUAGACAAUAUAACCAGUGUAUCUGAUUUGCGUCGGAACAUUACCGUCACUCUCAAUGUCAAGUACGAAUGCAAUGCUGUUUAUUUUGAAAUAGAUCUAGAUGAACUGAUCCGAGCUCAGGAACAACAUAUGAAGCUUCCCACAAUCACGGAAAUGCCUCACAUCCAAAAUGUCAUCGAUGAGAUAGGCUUGAAUGAGAUUAGAGUGGGGUUCUCGUAUGGGCCUGAAAGCGAAGCUCCUUUGGUCGAAAACAGUCGCUGUGACGUGUUCUUUACGAGAAAAAAUGAUACACUGAGAGAUGUGUAUGAUAACUAUAAUCCAACAGAUGUAGUGCUAAAAAGAAAUUUGGGUAUCGCCGAAACUUCGUGCAUCCCGGUGAAUUUUCAUAAAGGUCUUCAGAGCUAUUAUGCUUGGUUCAAAGCAAGUGUAAGAUCGGAACGACCUGGCGGUGUCAUUUAUGAAGUAAGCAUGUACACUGGGUUUCGGAGGAACGGGGUAAAGAAACCGGCUGUCAUGGUCCAUGAUAUCGGGGGAGGCGAGAUGUUCACCCCAGAUGGUGUUCUGGUCCUAUUCACCAACAUAGACGAAGCACUGAUUUACUGUGUUGGCGACGCGGCAAAAAAACCGCACAUCGCAGUGGCUCGAAUAGGGAGAGGCGGAAACUUUGAACUACAAAAACCAAGUCCGCCACCAUUUGUUACCUUCUUCGAAACUCUCACAGCUACUACCUUCAUUGUCAAGAGUCCGAAGCUCGCCGAGGAGGAUGAGUACAUCUGCAGCGUCAUCAGCGGAAAUGAAGUAGUUAACCAGAGGUUUAAAGUCACGCGACAUGAGCCCGUGCACAUAGAGCGGAACGAGCCAGCAGAGGAAGUCACCAUGGACCAGGCAAAGAAACAGUACACAUUUUCUUGCGAAGCGACAGGUGUGCCCCAACCGAAGAUAACAUUCUACUACACCUCGAAGCCUAAAUUUUGGUAUCGGGUAGAAGAUGUAGCAGAUGACAAGGAGCACGAAAUCCAUGAUUCCGACUUAUUCGAGACGACCUCGAGGGUUGAAGGCACGCGAACCUUAGGCGAGAUAAAGCUGGCGGACACUAGAAAGAUCAUUGAGGCGUUGCCCUCGGGUUAUUGGGACGAUAACAACUUGUAUGAAAUAACAUGUGUUGCCUAUAAUAACUUCACGAUCGACAGCAGUGUGUUGCUUACAAUUACAAAAUGAGUUUGGAACCUAUUCACCUGUUCAUCUGAUGUCAUUAGUUCCCGAGGCUUGUAGCUGAGAGUCAAUCUUUCAAAUGAAAGACCGUUUUUUGAAACAGAGACAAAACGCAAAUGUCAACUAGGUUGGUGCACAUAAUCAUGCUUAUUGAGCACGUAAGACUCUGUAAUAACUGAUGAUAUGCAUUAUUAAGCGUGUAAAUGACUGUACUACUAAUACUCAUAGCAAUAAACGUAUGGAUUCA